AUGCCCAAUACGGUAGCUGACGUUAGUAUAGCAUUGGAGAUAGAUGAGAUAGAGAAAGCUGUUGAUAAGAGGGCCUCUGUUGUUAGUAAGCUCGAGCAUGCAUAUAAUGUGUUGAAGUAUAAGGGUGUACGUCCUAAGCAUAAGGUGAAGAUAUGUGGUAAAGAGAAGGUGGAUAGUAUUGAUUUCUAUGAGAAUCAACUUGAAGAGUAUAACACUCAAAUAUCGGCUUUUAUCACUAAGGCUGUUGAAUACCAGGAGAAGGCUCAUGAUGAAAGUAUGGACGACGAUGAUGAUGAUACUAAGAAGAAGAAUAAGUUGGGAUUAGUUACUGCAUUACCGUCCCGUGUCGUACAUGGUGUUCUUGGUAAGGAUGAUAUUAACACUAGAUCGGGAGCAUUCAUUACAUUUAAUAAUCUCAAGUCAUCAAUGGCAGCUCGGCAAAUGGUACAUUACAAGAUACCAUUUAUUAUGAGUACAGUACCGGCGCCUGCUGUUAAAGAUGUUUAUUGGUCAAAUGUUGAUGCCUCGUUAUUCGCCAAACUCGCCUUAUUCUUCAUUAUUCAAACCUUCUUCGUCAGUGCUAUUGCUGGUAGUCUAUUCACUAGUCUCCAGCAACUUGUUGAUAAUCCUGCUGGGACUAUACGUGAUAUCUUGGCAACCAAUUUACCACAACAAGCCAACUUCUUCAUUGCUUUCGUGUUCGUGCAAAUUGGUACCGUACAUAAUAUCGGUUAUAAGAUCAUUACUCGGUCCUAA